AUGACCAAGAAGAGUGUCUUUAACCACCAGCCCAGCUUGGCUUACCGCCAGUAUGGGCAGCUGCCUGAAACCCUCCACUUCAACUACCAGCCCCCGACCACUGUCCCUCCUGCGCAUCCCAGCGUAAACCCAGCGUCAAUCAACCCCGAGGACUACUCACAGUCGUACUGCGAUUUUAUGACCGAGAACCCCACCAUUUUCCACGCUGUCGACAGUUUCGCAAAGCAACUCGAAGGCAAGGGAUACCGAUUCCUUUCCGAGCGGGAACUAUGGACGCCGAAGCUCGAACGUGGAGGAAAAUACUAUACAACACGGAAUGGGAGCUCGCUCAUCGCGUUCUCUGUUGGGUCUGAGUACAAGAGCGGUAACGGUCUCGCUAUAGUCGCCGGCCAUAUCGAUGCUCUCACGGCCAAGCUCAAGCCCGUCUCCAAGCUUCCCACCAAGGCUGGCUACACCCAACUGGGCGUUGCUCCUUAUGCCGGCGGUUUAGGCAAGACAUGGUGGGACCGUGAUUUGUCCAUUGGUGGAAAGGUUCUCGUCCGCAAUUCCAGCACGGGCAAGAUCGAAUCCAAGCUUGUUAAGCUUGACUGGCCGAUUGCACGCAUUCCAUCGCUCGCGGAACACUUUGGUGCCCCUGCGCAGGGACCUUUCAAUAAGGAGACACAGAUGGUGCCUAUCAUCGGAGUUGACAACUCUGAUCUGUACGAAUCCACUGGCAAGCCCGCCACCGCUGCGGCCGAUGAGGGAAUUGAGCCCGGCACGUUCGCCGCCUCGCAAUCUCCCAAACUCGUCAAGGUGAUCUCUAAAGAGCUUGGCAUUACAGACCACAGCAGCAUUCUCAGCUGGGAACUCGAGCUGUACGACAGCCAGCCUGCACGUCUCGGCGGUCUCGAAAAAGACCUCAUCUUUGCUGGCCGUAUCGACGACAAGCUUUGCUGCUAUGCCGCACAGGAAGCCCUCAUUGCGUCCUCGGAUGACACCUCCCCCGCGUCAAUCAAGAUGGUCGGAUUUUUUGAUGAUGAAGAAAUUGGCAGUUUACUCCGCCAGGGAGCCCGCUCCAACCUCAUUUCAAGCGUCAUCGAACGCAUCACCCAAUCUUUUGCAAGCUCAUAUGGCCCUGACCUACUUGCGCAAACCGUUGCAAACAGUUUUCUUAUCUCCUCAGAUGUCACCCACGCCGUUAACCCCAACUUCUUGAACGUUUAUCUCGAGAACCACUCGCCCCGCCUCAACGUUGGUGUCUCUGUGUCUGCUGAUUCGAAUGGCCACAUGACUACUGACAGCGUUAGCUACGGGUUCGUCAAGCGCGUCGCUGAGCGAACUGGCUCCGAAUUACAGGUCUUCCAGAUCCGGAAUGACUCGCGGAGUGGUGGAACGAUUGGUCCAAUGACCAGUGCACAGAUCGGUAUUCGAGCAAUUGAUGUCGGGAUUCCGCAAUUGAGUAUGCAUAGUAUUCGUGCAACGACGGGUAGUCUCGAUCCUGGGCUGGGCGUUAAGCUGUUCAAGGGAUUCUUCGAUCAUUUUGAGGAGGUGGAUAAGGAGUUUGCUGAUUUUUAA